UCUCCCCAGCAAACGCACGUCUCUAUGCGGACUCGCUGUAAUAUAUACGAAAAAUUAACUUUGAAAUUUAUUGGUCGUGUACAUUUCUAGUCUGUGGACCGAUUGCAGUGAAUAUUUCGGGGGUUCCGUCUCUGCUGUGGUGGCAGUAACCUUUGGAUGGAGAGGAGUAAUUAUAAACAGGGAUUUCUUGGUUGUCUGCCAAUCCCCAAUCACUAAUCAUGAUGAGUACCAGCCGGGUGCUAACAGUGUGCAUUCUCUUAGCCCUGGUAGCGGUGACCUCCGGCAUCAGAUGUUGGAAGUGCGGCCAAUACAGCGACGGGGUCGGCUCCAUUACACCAUGCAACAAUAGAAGCGCGGCGCAACUAGAAGACUGCCCGAACAAUGCUAAAUAUUGCAUAAAAUAUGUAAGCGAACUAACAAUCGUGAGGGACUGUGUACCGACGUGCAGCGAAAAAGAGUGGUGGGGCGCCCGCACGUUCUGCUGUGACACAGACGAGUGUAACGCGGGCUACACCCUGUACCCUGCGACGGGUUUGCUCGCCCUCACAUUAGCCGCUUUAUUCGCGCGCUGACCGAGCGUCUAAUGUGUCAUUACCCUAAUUUCAAUCGGAAAAGAGGUUGAAGAUUUAUGAAAUUAAAAGAAUUCUGUCAGAAGAGACAUCCAGGCUGUUUUUAUUACAAUUGUGUGAUUGUCAAUUUAUUUCUUAUUAUAUCUCGGCUAGAAUUUUACGAAAUAACAUUAAUUUAAUGAAUUAUUCGUAAUAUUCAAUGUCUUUAAAACUUUAAUUAAAUAUUUUAGUUCUGUUAUUGUUAACAAUUUUUUUUAUA